GACAAGCGAGGAAUAAAUAGGAAGAUAUCCACGUAGCUUGUGUUACUUUGUAUUAUUUUAUCCGUCCCAAAUGUUUGCGUAUGUUUAAAGAAAAAAUAUUUUUAUUUAGGCGAUAUAGGCCUUCAUAGUGGAGGGGUAAGGUGGAUAAACCCCAAGCCGGUUGGUCCUUUUAGCUGAAAGGAAAUAAGGACUAAAAAUGGAGCUGGAAGACGGGGUUGUGUACCAGGACGACCCGGGGACAUCUGCGAUGAUGUCGGAGCGGGUCUCGGGCCUGGCCAGCUCCAUCUACCGCGAGUUCGAGAGACUCAUCGGAAAGUACGACGAGGACGUGGUGAAGGAGCUGAUGCCGCUGGUGGUGGCCGUGCUGGAGAACCUGGACUCCGUGUUCGCGGAGAACCAGGAGCACGAAGUGGAGCUGGAGCUGCUGAAGGAGGACAACGAGCAGCUCAUCACCCAGUAUGAGCGGGAGAAAGCGCUGAGGAAACACGCAGAGGAGAAAUUCAUCGAGUUUGAAGACACUCAUGAGCAGGAGAAGAAGGACCUACAGAACAAUGUGGACCGGAUGGAGUCUCAGUCACGGCAACUGGAACUCAAAAUCAAGAACUAUGCAGACCAGAUCAGCAGGUUAGAGGAGCGUGAGCUAGAACUGAAAAAGGAAUACAACGCUCUGCAUCAGCGGCACUCGGAGAUGAUCCAUAAUUACAUGGAGCAUGUGGAGAGGAUCAAAAUGCAGCAGAUCAGUGAGACGUCUGAAUCAACACCUGGAAGCCGGGUCAGGAGAGAGCGGCCUCUUUCUUUGGGGAUUUUUCCCUCCUCUGGUGGACCUUCUCUGAUAAUUCCUGAUGCCCACACCAGAGCGGAGACACCGGGCGCAGAGAGCUGGAGGUUCACUGAUGGAGCUCAAUCACGCUCCAACACUAGUCUGAAGCAGUUGGACUUUGCCGAGCCCCCAAAGGAAAGGGAGGGUAAGAGUGCGCGGGACCCUACUUGGGGGAAUUCACUGGCAGACGACUGCAAGGAUGAACUGUCGGACAUCACUGGCUCCAAAUCGGCAACAGGAAUGUCGACCGAAGCCUCAGACAUGGAAGAAGAUGGGAACUGUAAGAGUACAGAGGUGCAGGCUGCACCAGGUACCAGAUCCAUAUCAGUGGGUUUGCCUGAAAACGAAGAAAACUCAGAUGUGCAGGAUAUUAUCGAGUCCACUCCUGAGCUGGACAUGGAUCUGAUUGGAUAUAAACCCUGCAGCACACCAACGAAAGGUAUUGAAAACAUGGCGUUUGAUCGGAACACAGACUCCUUGUUUGAGGAGCUGUCGUCUGCGGGCACUGGGCUCAUAGGGGAUGUUGAUGAAGGGGCAGACCUGCUGGUGGAAUAUUCUGACCUUAGUUUGAUUGGAAUGGGUCGAGAAGUUGAGAAUCUAAUCCAGGAAAAUUCACAGCUGCUUGAGACAAAGAAUGCUUUGAAUGUGGUUAAUAAAGACCUGAUCCUGAAAGUGGAUGAGCUGACCUGUGAGAAAGAGGUGCUACAGGGAGAGAUGGAGGCUCUUCUGCAGACCAAAAACAAGAUGGAGGAGAAAAACAGAGAGCUGGAGGAGGAGCUAAAAAGAGUGCGGCAGGAGGUCGAGGAGGUGAAGCAGAAAAGCAAAGACGAAGAAGAUAGUGAGGUACCAACAGCCCAGAGGAAGCGCUUCACCAGGGUGGAAAUGGCCAGAGUGUUAAUGGAGAGGAACCAGUACAAGGAGCGGCUCAUGGAGCUCCAGGAAGCUGUGAGGUGGACAGAGAUGAUCAGGGCUUCAAGAGAAAAUCCAGCUCUGACAGAAAAAAAGAAAUCAAGCAUCUGGCAGUUCUUCAGCAGACUGUUUAGCUCCUCCUCCAGUUCCUCGACCAUGAGGAUAGCGGAGGACCCCUCCAAAAUGAAGUACAACUCCCCAGGCAGCCUGGUGAAGAGGAGCAGCACCUUCUCACAGUUCCCCACUGAGAAGUCCAAGAUAUUUGACUUCAUGAAUGAUGGAACAGAGCAGUGCAGCUCGCCCUCGCAUAAGGAGAAGAAAAAAGCCCAGUACCAACUGGUUAAGGCCCAUAUGCAGAAAGAGGAUGGACGAGUAACUGUGCACGGCUGGAGCCUACCGAGCAAACACAAGGUUGCAAAUGGGGGACAAAUUGAAAACAAAAUGAAUUUACCUGUACCAGUCUACCUGCGGCCUUUAGACCAGAAAGAUGCUUCUAUGAAGCUGUGGUGCGCUGCAGGGGUCAACCUGUCUGGGGGCCGGACAGUUUCCUCAUCAGAGCAGACAAAGCAGAUAAAAGGCUCCCAGUGCAGCCUAGACCAGCUGGAGCAAGAUAACAAGGAGAAAGGGGAGAAGGAACUAAUCGUCCAGGAUGAGACCUCCAGUCGCGUAUGGGUGUCCAUGAGCACCAGUUCCUCUACUAAAGUGAUGGUACUGGAUGCCACCCAGCCCACGGAGCUGCUAGAUGCCUUCUAUGCCUGUAACACACAUGUGGUCUGCAUUGCUAGUGUACCUGGUAGGUUACGCCUCACUACCAACGAUUAUCCUGCUGGGGAGGAGGUACCCCAGGACCCAGAGGCCAGCCAAGGGGACGGGGUGUCACUGGCUGGCAGCGUGGCCAGUGUGGGUUCAGCAGGCAGUGAUGGGGCCACGGCAGCUGAAGGCGUAACAGCCGUUCCGCAGACAGCAAGCUCAGGGGUCUCUGAGCAGCCAGCAGAGUUCAGCGCCACUUCAGAUGCAGCUGAACUGUCCAGAGAGACAAGCCCAACAGAGGACGGGGUCCCUACAGCUGAAGAGGCAACAGAGGCGACAGAGGCCAAUGCCGGUGUUGGUGAAGAGGGAGAAGAGGAUCAGGGAAUGGGUCCAAACCAGCCAGGAAUUUACACAGAGCAUGUGUUUACAGACCCUCUUGGGGUGGAGAAGACUGACUCCUGUCCUGCUGAUGCACAGAGGGGCUAUGAGCAGGAUGGGGAGCCUUCCCUGCCAGAUGCGAUGGAUACAUCAGACAGCGAAGUCCUGAGGAUGAGCAGUUCUCUUCCAACCAUGUGGCUUGGAGCUCAGAACGGAUGCCUGUAUGUGCAUUCAUCGGUGGCACGGUGGAGAAAGUGUCUCCAUGCUAUCAAGCUCAAAGACGCCAUCCUGAGCAUUGUGCAUGUGAAAGGGAGGGUGCUGGUAGCUUUGGCUGAUGGGACAUUAGCAAUUUUCCACAGAGGCACCGAUGGUCAGUGGGAUCUGACCAACUACCACCUGCUGGAUCUGGGGCGGCCCCACCACUCCAUCUGCUGCAUGACGGUAGUCCAUGACAAGGUGUGGUGUGGCUACAGAAAUAAGAUCUAUGUCAUCCAGCCCAAAGCCAUGAGGAUAGAGAAGUCUUUUGAUGCUCAUCCUCGUAAAGAGAGUCAGGUUCGCCAGCUGGCCUGGGUUGGAGAUGGUAUUUGGGUGUCCAUCCGACUGGAUUCUACACUGCGCUUGUUUCAUGCCCACACCUACCAGCACCUGCAAGACGUGGACAUCGAGCCUUAUGUCAGCAAAAUGCUGGGUACGGGUAAACUGGGCUUCUCUUUUGUGAGAAUCACAGCUCUGAUGAUUUCGUGCAACAGACUGUGGGUCGGGACAGGAAAUGGAGUCAUCAUCUCCAUCCCAUUAUCUGAAGGUAAUAAGUCAGGAGUUGUGCCAAAUCGCCCUGGCAGCGCUGUGCGGGUUUACAGUGAUGACUGCUCAGAGGGUGCUACGCCCUGCAGCUUCGUGCCGUUCUGCUCCAUGGCCCAUGCCCAGCUCUGCUUCCAUGGGCAUCGAGAUGCAGUGAAGUUCUUCGUCACAGUCCCUGGUCAAGCCAUGCCACCUCCAGGGAGUGCAGAUUCAGGUUCUGAUGAUCCUCCAUCUGAGUGCUCAGAUACAGCAACCUCUGAGCCCAAAACAUUCCUGGUCAUGAGCGGAGGAGAAGGUUACAUUGACUUUAGAAUAGGCGAUGAAGGCAGCGAGUUGGAGGGUUUACCCGAGCAGGCCGGCAGCCAACCGGUGGUGCCCGCCAAAGCCGAGCGAAGCCACCUCAUCGUCUGGCAGGUCACCACUCCUCAUGACUGAAAAACAUUGCAGACUGCUGCAUCAGCCACAGGGCCGUCCAGCAAGCCUGCAUGUCCUCUGAGUUUUACACCAUCCUCUAUGCCUGAGUAGACCACUUCUUUUUAAAGAAAACAAAAUGAUUACAACAAAAAAGCAAUUUUUAUUCAGUGUUUUGUACCAUUUUAUUCCUCAUUGUUUUUAAAGGUCAGCUAAUAUUUACGUUAACUUAAAUGAAACCGUCCAGUUGGAGAAGCUAGGCGAAGGAAUUAGGCUGCGCUGAAGCUUAUAUAGUGUGAGGAAGUCAACAUUUACCUGAAAGGGAUUAGAUCUGAAACAUAAAAGGCUUAUUUGCUUUGUCAAUAAAAAUGUUCUCUUAUUUUUCUGCAUUAUUAGGAUCAAAAUAAUAGAAUAAAGCUUCCUAUCAGAGGCUAUUUUAAAAUUUAGAUUCUAACAUUCAGGUUUCCACAUGAAGAACUGUCCAUCUGCUGUGCAUGGACAGUUUUCUGUGAGUAGAAGAACCCGGUUAGUGUUCUUUUUCAUUAGAAAAACCUGUUUCCUCACUAAGAUUUGCUAAGUGAGCUAAACAUCCGUCCCACAGUUCAAAAUGGCUGCCGUCAGCUCAGUGCUUCCUGUUUGCUUCAACUCAUUGGCACUUUAAAUGUAAAGUCUGAAGGAAUAUGAGUGUAGGUAAUGAAAUAUAUUGCCAUUUAAUUAUGUUAAGGGAAUUUAAAAAUGCUUUGAUGUUUUUUUGUUUUUUUUGGAUAUCGAGGCAACCAAAUGAUGUAGGAAGAAAGAUCAUGACGUUUUUAGUUGAUUCACUUUUCAUUCCAGGGACCACACAACACUAAAGAAAGUCUCUCCUUAUAUCUCCCGUCUUUUCUUGUUUUUGUUUUCUUUUAAUGGAGGUUUUAAGGAUCAUUCAGAUGUUUUAAUUGUUACUUUGACAUUUUGUUUGGAGACACUUUCGUAGAGAAAAGAGUGUUUUAAUGACUGACUGUAACAUAAUAGCAGGUUGGCUCUUAUGACUGCAGAUGUUUUAAUUUGUUUUAUAUCAAAAGAGCCAAAACUGAUCCCAAGUCCAUUUCAUAGCAGUAACUUUAUAUUGUCUGUGUGCCAUUCCAGUAUUUAUUUUUCUCCUUGGCUAAGGAAGCCGUUUGGGCUCAGAAUGUAACUUUCUACAUGAACAAAAUAUCAUAGGAGGCUAUUGUAAACAACAUAGUCCAAAUUGUUUACAACAUUGUUAAUAAUGGUUCAAUAAAAUAGAUUAAUGCAAAAAAGAGU